UGAAACUCAGUCAUCAAAAAUACCACACGCCCCGUCGUCAGUCAGACCGAAGAGCGCGACGCAGGGGAGUCCAGGAAGCAAGGAGACUCAUUUGAGAGAAAGGGGGGCAGAAGCGGAGAAGAGAGGUCGGCCAGGCGGGGGGACUUGAGAAAGUCGGAGGCAGGGACGGCGAGAUGGUCAGGAGAUGGAUGAGGUGGCGGUGAAGCAGGGUUUCCUGUACCUUCAGCAGCAGCAGACGUUCGGGAAGAAAUGGAAGCGGUUCUGGGCCGUACUCUACGGAGAGUCGGGCUCCUCCUCGGCCCGACUGGAGCUGCAGGAGGGACCCGAGAAGGCCCGCCGAGGGGAAGCGGCCCGGCGGGUCAUCCGCCUCAGCGACUGCGUUAAGGUGGCGGAGGCCGGAGGAGAGGCCGGGAGCCCUCGGGACACCAGCCCCUUCCUGUUGGAGACCACGGAGCGCCUCUCCCUGCUGGCCGCUCCCAGUUUGGAGUGCGGAGACUGGCUCCAGGCCAUCUGCCGUCUGGCCUUCCCGAUGCAGAGGGGCGAGUGGAGGGAGGCAGCCGGGCAGGAAAGCUACUCGGCACAGUUGCGGGACUCUCCCUGCAUGGAGGAAAAUUCCCUGUACAGCAGUUCGGGUGCAGCGCUGCCCUGCAAGGAGUUUGCCGUCAAGGUGCGACGGACGGAUGCGAGCGAGCGAUGCCGGCUGAGGGGAUCCUACGUCUUGCGGACAGGGGAGAGCGCCCUGGAGCUGAGGCGGAGCUCUGAACCCGGGAAACAGCUCUACACUUGGCCCUACAGAUUCCUACGGCGCUUUGGGAGGGACAAGGUGACCUUCUCCUUUGAGGCUGGACGGCGUUGUGCCUCCGGUGAGGGGAGCUUCGAGUUUGAAACCCGGUUGGGCAAUGAGAUCUUUCUGGCUCUGGAGAAGGCCAUCUCCGCCCAGAAGAACUCCGAGUCUUCUGGACCUCCGGUUCAGCCCGUUCUGAUCCCUGCCCCCCCGCGGCCCGAAAGCCCGUAUUCCCGGCCCCACGACUCCCUCCCACCCCCAUCCGCCACCCCAGCGGCCCCUCCCCAGCGUUCUCGGCCUCCGGAAGGGGACUACGCGGUGCCUUUCGACACCGUGGCUCGGUCGCUGCUGAGCAACAGUUUCAGGGGGCUCCUGGCCAACUCUCCCCAGGCUCCCCAGCCCCCCAAACCUCCCCGGUCCCCUCCGGCCGACCCUCUGUACGACAGCAUCGAUGAGCGCCCCUCCCUUCCCGACCCCAUCUACGACGAGCCCGAGGGCAUAGCCGUGCUGACCCUGUACGACAGGCCCCAGGAGCCCCAGGGGGAGGCCUGGAGGAGGCAGGCCAUUGCCGAUGGCCCUGGGGAGGAAGGUGCCCAGCUCUCCUACAACCUCAAGAGGGAGGACCGUGUCCCGCCCUCGUCCGGAAGCCGCUCUGGUUGGCCCCAGAGAUCCGAAUACGACAACGUGAUUUCCAGGAAGGGCCCACGCUGAAAGAAGGAUGGACUCGUGGGGUGGGAGUAGGUGGUGAAGGGGUGGGGACAGGUGGGAUUUCAGCACUGGCUCGGCCCUCUUGCUCCCUGACCCCCCAACGUACCCUGACUCCGCUCUCUCUGAGGCAGGGGCGGUCCUCCCGGGCUGAGCCUUCUCAUCGGGGGCCCUCCCUGGAUAGGCGGGUAGCCAAACGGGAGAGAUAGGCCGGGACGCUCUCUCCUUUCCCUCCUCCGGCCAGCCACCCCGGACCAGGGUGGCUUCGGGGUACAGGCCGAAAGGGGCUUCUAACAAACCACCCUCCUUCGCCCCGUCGCCCCGCGGGCGGCCGGUGCCCGCGGGGCACACCGCCGUGGUCCAACUCAAGCCGGAGGAAGAUAGCUGCGGCUGGCGCCGGUUCUCUGGAUAUCUUUCUGGCAUUAAAGCAAUCUCUGAAA